GAGUGCAGCUCUGACGCGCGUCUGGUGCGCGCAUAUAAAGCCCCCAGUGCGCACCAGGCACACUUCAGAUCAGAGGAGACGCAACAGCAUUGCGCACAGACAACCCAACAACACCCUGGGAAUUAUGCAUUCUAACUUUAUCAGUUGGGUGGGGACCCUGGGCUUCCUGCUGUGGGCGCUGCUGUGCCUGGGCACCUUGGCAGCAGGCUACCCGGUGAAACCAGAGAAUCCUGGGGAGGACGCCCCUGCGGAAGACUUGGCCAAGUACUACUCAGCCCUGAGACACUACAUCAAUCUCAUCACAAGACAGAGGUAUGGAAAGAGGUCCAGUCCUGAGAUACUGGACACACUGGUCUCAGAGCUGUUACUGAAGGAGAGCACAGACACCCUUCCACAGUCAAGAUAUGACCCAUCAUUGUGGUGAUGACACCCGCCUCUGUCACUUUCCUCCUCCUCCUUACCCAUCUGCUACAGUUCUGCUGCUUUGUGACACUGUCAAAUUGUAAAUACUUGAUCCACAGUCGUCAUCUGUGAAUGUUGCAAGUCAACAGGAGGAGUGGGUAUGUCAAUUGUAUUGUAUAUUUGUGCAAUUAAAGAUGAAUUCUUUGAAAAAUGUGUUACUUUUUCAUCAUUUUCACAAUGGCCCCUGCUUGAAAACGACAAUAUUGAACACAAUUAUCUUGCUUAUUCCAUGUACAAUCUUGUAAAUAGGGUU